UUUUCUUCAAUGUUUUCCUUGAAUAACUAUGUAUAAACAAUAACAGUUAGAAUAUAUAAUAUUUUGUUAUUCUGGUGAAACAAUUGUUCAUAUUCUUAGAAUAACAUCUGAAUUUCUUGUAUUCCCUGAUGAAGUCUUUUGCAAAAUCUCCAAGCAGGUGCUUUUUCCUUGUUGAUCAAGAUGAUAAUUUCCUCCAAACUUCAAACAAAGAAGAUUCAAAGAAGAACACCAAAAGGGAAAAAAGCAGUUUUGUAAACAGAAUUCACGAACAUGUGAAAUUGGGUCCUAAGUUUUCUGAGACUGUGAAGGGUAAGUUGAGUUUGGGUGCUAAGAUUAUUCAAGAGGGUGGGAGAAGGAAUAUUUUCAAGCAUGUUUUUGGGAUGCAAGAACAAGAGAAACUGUUGAAAGCUUCUCAGUGUUAUUUAUAUACCACAGCUGGUCCUAUUGCUGGCAUUCUCUUUAUUUCGACGCUAAAAGUUGCGUUUUGCAGUGAAAGGCACACAACCUUCUCUUCUGUAGAUGGGGAAUUUGUUAAAGCACCUUACAAGGUUUUGAUACCAAUAGAAAAGAUAAAGGAGGUGAAUGAAAGCAUGAAUGUGAACAAGUUAGAACAGAAGUAUAUAGAAGUGGUGACUAAGGAUGACUCUGAAUUUUGGUUUGUGGGAUUCUUAAGGUAUGAGAAAGCUAUUAAGAAUCUCAAUAAAGCCAUUUCCAUGACCAAUACAUUCUAAGAGGGAAAACUGAACUUUGUUAAGUCUCUAAGUUUUAGAUUUUUUUAGCAAAGGAUUGAUUAUAGGAGAAGUUUUGCAGAGUGAAUGGAGUGGUAAGCAAUCUUUAUCUUUUAUCUUACAGUUGUUGCAACUUGCAUAUACUUCAUCUCUUAUUUCUUGGUGAUUAAGAACUGAUUACUAAGUUUCAUGCCAUUGUAAGAGACAUCACCUGUGGUAUAAUUAAC